AUGUCCGACUCCGAACUACCAGAAGCCUCUGAAUCCCCUGCGCCACCUGCCCAUGAACUCGAGAAAAGCUUGCGCCGCGAAACAGUUAAGGCCCAAAAGUCCGAUCCUAAUUUCUCGUACAACUCCAUACGUGCUGCUUCAGAAGCGAAAUUGGGACUAAGAAAAGGGUUUUACAAGAAUCAUGAAGAAUGGGCAAGUCGAAGUAAGAAGAUCAUACAAGAGCAAUUGGUAAUUAAGCCCCAUGGGACAUUCCGCCCGCGUUUGGUUGACGUAGUUAAGGCCAUCCAAGAUGACACCCGAAGCUCCCCUCUAAAGUCGGCCAAAUCAAAGUCCAAUGAAUCCAAAGAACGCCCGAAGAAGCGCGCUUUGACAGAGAAUGAGCCGACUCCGACGAAAAGGCAGAAAACCGGCCAACGAGAUGAUACUGCUUCGGAGGAUAUGUCGUCGCCUUUAAGUGAUAUUGAUUCGGAGAUAGGAGAAGAAAAGCCUAGACGGAAGAAGGAUAAAGCUCCUCCAAAAUCAGGCACGGCCAAGUCAAAGCAAUCGGCGGCAAAGAAGUCGAAGUCUGCGGGCUCGGAUUCGGAGGAGGAAGACGGAGAGGAGAAAGCGAAGGGUGCCGGCGCAGAGAACUCGACUGAUCAAGAUGACGUGCAAGGUGCCGUGAACCCGGAUGAUGGCUCGGCGAGUGACAUGUCGGUUCCGCUAGGCGAGGAUCCCAACCCAAAGAAGAAACGGAAACUGAACGAGUCGAAGUCGACCGGACGAAAGCCCAAGAAGACCAAAGUCCCCAAAGGCAAGGCGGAUGCUGACCUGGACCCUGAUCAAGCCGAAAUCAAGCGCCUGCAAGGUUGGCUCGGGAAAUGCGGAAUUCGGAAACUUUGGGGCAAAGAACUCAAACCCUAUGAGACCUCCAAGGCCAAAAUCAAACAUCUGAGGGAAAUGUUGGCCAACAUCGGAAUGACCGGUCGAUAUUCCAUUGACAAAGCGAACCAGAUCAGGGAGGCCCGGGAACUAGCUGCUGAUAUUGAAGCUGUUCAAGAAGGCGCUGAACGGUGGGGCGCGGAUGAAGAUGAUGGCGGCCGCAAUGAAAAGCAGGACGGUCGUCCUGCACGCCGGCUUGUAAGAGGUGCUAAGAAUUAUGAUUUUCUCAGCAGCGAUGGUGAAGAAACCGAUUGA